GUCAAAACUUUAGUAUUAAUAUUGAUUAGUAUUUAGUGUAAAAGGAUAGUUUUAGUACAAUAACUAUAACUAUCUAAAAAACAUGACAGAUGCCUGAAGUGAAAAGUUGUUUGGCAAUAAAUGAUUUGGUUUGAAUAUUAUAAACAUGUAUUUCCUUUAAGUGACAACUUUGAAGUAAUGAUAAAAUAUAUCAAAGCAUAUCUUCUUUAUUUAUUUUCUUAAAUAUUGCUUAAAAGUUUCUGCAAUGCUCUAAAAAGACUUGAAAGGUUGAAUUUCUGAAUUAAUCUCAUUGCCUUUUUUAUCAAAUGAGUUAUUUAUUUUCAUAUUCGGGACAAGUUAUUUUCCAUUACUGUUGUAAGUAUUUGGUUUUGUAAUUACUUGAGGAUGACAAGAUGUUGAAUUUGAAGAUUUAUAAAAAUGACGAGAAUAAAUCAUAAGUGUUCUGUGCGUGAAAAAUAAAGCCUCUGUUCUGGACUACAGAAACCACUUCCUGCAUCGAGUUGUGGUCACUUUUCCGUGUCAGGAUGUGCCUGACCCAGAUCCAACCACAAGUCUAUGCUCAGGUACUCAACAUGUGCCACCAGUAUUAGGUGUGUUGAAGGAUUAUUCAAUUAUGUAAACAUAUUUAUUUUAAAAUAUCUGAAUUUGAUAACUUUUUGAAAAGUGGGUGACAAUUAAAAUGCCUUUGAAAAAGUUUAAUCUUCACCCAUCUGAGGGAGUACAGUUGAGUGCAGCCACUUGUGCCCAAACAGUGGAUUUGGCAACAGCCAUAGCAUCUCUGGAUACUCAGAAAGUGAAGAGGAUUCUAGAAGAAAAUGCAGGGGACUCGGACUUGGUAAAUUGUGUUCUUGGACCUCUUGGGGUCACACCACUUCACUUGGCAUGUGCAAAAUUGCGUUCUGAGAGUAUUACAUCAUUACUUAUACAGGAAGGAGCAAAGGUUACAUCUAGAGACAAGAUCGGACGCACUGCUCUUCACUACGCUGCAGCUCUGGGUAAUGAGAAAGUGGUUCAGUGCUUGGUGACCAACGGAGCUAACGUCAACUGUUACUUUGAGGUCUGCAGCUCUGCCUGUCCUUCACCAAGGGGAGACAACGGCGAGAGACUUGCUAAAGACCUGAUACCCGAGUACGAGAAACUGCCUCUGCCCGAGUGCUGGGGCCGAACACCUCUUCACCAGGCCGUCAAAAGUGGUCACGUCGCUUGCGUAGAGAUUUUGUUGCAAAAUGGUGCCAAUGUGAACGCAGAGGACGAGAAAGGACUGACCCCGUUGCUGCUAGCUGGGGCUGGUGGAUUGAGCAGGUACGAAGCUAUCGUAGAUCUGCUGGUCUUCCGCGGAGCUGAUGUUAACAAGGUCAAUCCAGACAUUAACAGCUCACCACUGUACCAUGCGGUAGCAUUGGGCUCAGUGAAAGCAACACAACUUCUGCUGAAUGCUGGGGCGUCUCUAGACUAUACACCUCUCACCACGCCCAGACACUUCACACUGUCAGCACGGCACGUCAUGUCGUCACGUGUCGAGACUGUGCUCCAUGUGGCGGCUUCUGUCGGCUGCCUCGAGGUCACUGGACUCCUCCUCCAAUUUGGUGCCAAGAAGUUUGUUAAUUGCUGUAAUAAUGUUGGAUGUACACCUCUACACAAAGCUGCAUAUGCCGGCUCGAGGGACUGCCUUCGGUUGCUCAUUGACAAUGACGGUGACAUCUCUAUCUGCUCUGACAGCGGAAUGACCGUUGUGGAUAUCAUCAUGUCCUAUGUGCCUCGACCAAUCAACUUCCUCACAGAUUGUCUCAGUUCCAGAAUUACAGCUAAUGCUUCCUCAAUAAACGAUAGAGAUUUCAAGGUCGAGCUGAACUUCAAUAUUCUGUCUCCAAUUGGUUGUACAUAUCAGAUGUCAGUUGUCUCUUCUCUAGCUGUCACCUCCAAGCUACUCCAACAUCCCUUAGUUGAAGCAUUUGUACUGGCUAAAUGGGCUAAACUUAGAUUUUUCUUUUUGGUCAUCGCAUUUAUCCACUUCAGCUUUGUCAUCUCGUUGUCCACUUACAUCACCUUCUGGAUUCACACAAACGAGCAGGUGGAAUGGUCCAGAGUUGUGCUGAUGAUCUCCUCCUUUCCAUUACUAGUGCACUCUGCUACAGAGCUCGUGUUUAUGGGCAAACAGAGGCUGCAGCAGUUCGAGACUUGGCUGACACUCUUCAACACUUCGCUCUCUUUGAUGAUCACUCUCCUGGGAGAUUCAGGAGUCGUCAGGGAGUAUGAGGGAGUAGUCCAGUACGAAAUACCGUGCUGGAUACGGCACGUAGCUUCUGUUGUUAUUCUUCUGAGCUGGUGCGGUCUGAUGUUACUGAUCGGGCGGUUUCCCACAUGGGGUUACUACGCUCUCAUGUUCAGUGUUGUUCUUCAAAAUGUCAUGAAGGUUUUCCUGACAUUUAUAUGUCUGGUGAUCGGUUUCGCUCUCAGUUUCUCAGUACAAUUCCCUCAUGACAAUCAGUUCAACAACCCGUGGCACGCCCUGGUGAGAACCACAGUGAUGAUGACUGGUGAAUACGACUACAUGGAUCUCUUCAGUAAAAGUUCCAAUGUGAACGGCAACAGUUACGAUGACAGUGAGAGUGAGACCCUUGUCCCCACCAGUCGAAUCAUCUUCAUGUUGUUCGUUCUGCUAGCGUCCGUUGCCCUCAUGAAUCUCAUGGUGGGCUUGGCUGUCAGUGACAUUCAGGGUUUACAGACAGAGGGCAACAUCAGACGGCUACAGAAGCAGUCAGAGUUUGUGGCCCACCUGGAACGCCUCCUAGCACAUCGGUUAUUUGUCAAGUACUUAGAAUGGUGGGUGCCUCGCUGUAUAUCUCGCCACCGUAUCCCCAAUUCCAUCUCCAUCCAGCCCAGCAUCAUCACGAACUACGAGAUUCUGUCUACACCUCUCCUGGAGGCUGUCAUCAAAUUGGCUCUCCAAAACAGGAGUAAAUAUCCUACCAAACAAUCGGGAUCUCCAUUGAAUUACGGCUUAAGUAUGUAUAAAAUGAAGAAGAUGUCUGAUCCAGGACCGAAGACAAUCAAUGAAAAGCCUUUGUUGUUAGUUCCAAGAGAGAUAUCAGCAACUUUGGGCGAUAUAGUCGAGCUGAAACAGCUUCUCCUGGAGACUCUGACAGCACUGAACAGCCACCAGCACCAGCAAGCAGAAGACGUGGCAGAUAGCAACAGACCUACUGAGGACAGUGCCAUCAGUGUCAACGCGAUGUUACGCAGGGUCAGUACACCCCACCAUUCUGUCGUACAUCAGGUCUUCUCUCACUGACUAUCCAGUCAUGAUGGUGAUCUAAGAUUAGACAAUCCUGUGUAGAACAGUUAUAAUCGUAGUUAACACUAUUUAAAAUAUUGUGAAAUAUUCAAAAUAAAAUAAAAUUUUUAAUUUUCAAGUAAA